AUGGAGACCAAAGUGGUGGCGUCCCUCCAUUCAAGGCCCUUCCAAAGGACCUUUAUGCAGCCAAGGAGGACAAGCAGGUUGUAUCUUCCUCCCGCCUGGUCUUGGAGGCUAGUAUUGAGGAAACCUGAGUUUGAAAAGGGACUGUUAGGAGAAAAAUAUGGGAACAUCCGCAUCCCCGGAGAAGUCGAAGCCUCGGAGUUCGAGAUGAUCUUGGACGCUGCGGUAGAGGCAAAGCUGGAGACGAAGCUCCUGGAAGAGUGGUACUGUCGCGAUGAGAACUCGGUGCCGGCGGCGUAUUACCUCAGACCUAAGUCGGAGAUGCUGCAAAGCAACAAAAAUGCAAUGCAGCCUUCUGCCAAAGCCAACAAUGAGAAGACCUGGCAAGAGAUAUCAGAUGAGAUCAAGAAGAUAUUUAAGACUGCUGUAAAACUGUUACAUGAAAAGGGGAAACUGAAAUAUAGCCAAGCUAAGAGGUACCUGUUCUCAGCGAUAGAGGACGAGUUCGACUUUGCUCUAGGAAAACAAACUCCAGCAUUCCUAAAGAAGUGCGUCUGCUACAUUCGGAAAAUCGCUAACAUUGAACGCUUUGUGAAAAUCCCAGAGAUGGGAAAAUACAUGGAUAUAACUGGAACAGAACCAAGGAUUAUGCGGGACGCUGAAGCCCAAGAGAAGCUGAUAAAACUCAGGGAUGAAUUUAUUCCUACUAUUGUUGCAUCAUCUAAUCUGAGAGUGUACACGUCGGUUACUCAUUGUGACAUGAAACUGGGAUACUCCCAAGAAAUAGAAAAUCACUACAUAGAGGGACUUGGGAAGCAGUUUUAUGAGGACAUGAUCGAUAUAAUUCAGGCAACCGUUCAACAGAAUUUUGACACGGAAACUGACACGCUCUACGAUGAAAUCCUCCAGCACUCGUCAUUGUGUAAGACGUACGCCUCCUUCUACGAGUACAAGUGUGAAUCUCUCAACACAGUGCAUACAUACAUUCUCCCAAGCAAAGCCGGGCCCAUCAACCCCCUCGUUGUAUACGGCGGACCCUGCACCGGGAAGACGCUCCUGCUCGCUGAGGUGGCAAAGAAGGCUUAUGGCUGGCUACAUGAAGACACGGGACCAGAAUCUGACCCAGUGGUUGUCGUGAGAUUUCUAGGAACCACAGACAUGAGUACUGACCUUAAGACUCUCCUUCUAAGUGUUUGUGAACAACUGGCAGCUAACUACCGGUGUCUGGUUCAAAGCUACCCUAAGAAAAUCCAUGACCUUCGUGACUUAUUUAUAAACCUUUUGAAUGAGUCUUCAUUGGAGAGACCUCUAGUGAUAAUAUUCGAUGCCCUGGAGCAGCUGUCAGAGAGUGACGAGGCCAGGAAACUUUGGUGGCUCCCAGCUCACCUUCCCCGCUUUGUUCGAAUAGUCCUGUCCACACUGCCCAACAGACAUGGAAUCUUACAGAAACUGAGGUGCCUUAUCCAUGAAGAAGCUAACUAUAUCGAGCUGAUCCCCAGGGACAGGAAGAUGUGCAGCCAGGUCCUGAAACACCAGCUGCUGCGGGUCAAAAGGAAGGUCACGUCAGGCCAGCAGAUUUAUGUGAACAAUGCAUUCUCCAAGUGCACUCUGCCCAUGUUUGUGAACCUGACCUUCAAGGAGGUGAGACACUGGAGAUCUCAUAAAGACGUCGAUGAAUCCUCCCUCUGCGUCACCGUUCAUGAAAGUAUAGAACAGCUAUUCUGGUCCUUGGAAAAGAAGUGUGGUCAGAAACUGGUCUCCAGGGCUCUUGGUUAUAUCACCAUGGCCAAAAUGGGUUUGAGUGAAAUGGAGCUGGAGGAUGUGCUGGCCCUAGACAACAGUGUUAUGAAUGAGCUCAAUGAGAACGCUAGGCCCAGCAAUCCCCUGAGAGUACCGUAUCUGUACAUCGCAAGGCUUAAGGAGGGUCUUAGUGGAUACUUAAUAGAAAGACAUGUGAAGAACGUCACACUCCUGGUCUGGGCCAACAGACACCUGCAGCUCAUAGCCCAGAAGCUGUAUCUGCAGGACGACAGUGACCUGCGUGAAAUGCACACCAUCCUGGCAGAUUACUUCCUGGGAGUGUGGUCAGGGGGCAGGAGGAAAGCUUUCUGCCUCGAAGACCCCUACUUGAAUGGCUGCCUUGACUUGGAGAGCAGAAGCCUGCUGGAGGAAGAAAAGCACUUCAUGGAACAGGCCUCCUUUGACAGGCAGGCUCCAGACCAGCCCUGGGUUUUUCAGUGCAAUCCCCUUGAGCCGGACAUCUUUUUCGUCAAUCAUCGGAAAAUGUCUGAGCUCUUGCACCACCUGACAAGGUGUGGAAAAACCGAUGACCUGCUCUACGGAAUCAUCAUGAACUUCAGCUGGCUUUAUACCAUGAUCAAAAUCGGCCAGUUUGACAAAGUGCUUUCAGACAUUGAGCUGGCUUACAACUACUCGCAAGAGAAGGAGCUGAAGUUCCUGGCAAGCACUCUCCGUGGCAUCAAAAACAAGGUCACUGCAUUUCCGGGCUCCCUUUCAGCAGAGCUUCAGCAAAGACUGUUGCCUGUUGUGAGUUCCCUGCCCAAACUUAGACACCUGCUUUUAGAAUGUGACAAAGAUGGGCCCAAAUAUUGCUCCAUUGUGCCAUUACAUUCAUCCAUGGAUGUGACAUAUAGCCCAGAGCGUCUUCCCUUGUCAUCUAGUCACCUGCAUGUCACCGAGAUUCUGCCCACCUGUAACCCCAGCACCGUCCUUGCAGCGUUAGAAAACGGUUCCAUCAGCACAUGGGAUGUGGAAACUCGUCAACUCCUCAGGCAAAUCACCACAGCCCAGUCUGUCAUCCUGGGCAUGAAACUCACCAGUGACGAGAAGUAUCUUGUGGUGGCGACGACAAAUAACACCUUGUUGGUUUAUGACAAUGUAAAUUCUUGUCUUCUGUCUGAAGUGGAAAUCAAAGGGACCAAGCAUGGAAGUGGCUCCACCUACAUCAAUGGAUUUACGCUGUCUGUCAACCACGCCCUUGCGUGGCUUGAAGCCAGCAAGGAUGUCACUGUCAUCGAUCUGCUCUAUGGAUGGCCCCUUUACCAGUUCCACUGCUGGUACGAAGUGACCUGUGUCCAGUGCUCUCUGGAUGGCAUGUAUGCUUUCUGUGGACAGUACCUGAACACCACUACCAUAUUUCAUUUAGGGAGUGGAGAGAAGUUAUGUACGGUGACAUCUGAAUUUUCGGGUGGAUUUGUGAAGUUUCUUCUUAUCUUGGACACGGCUCAAGAAAUGGUAAUGGUGGAUAGUGAGGGAAGCCUUUCUGUUUGGAAUACUGAGGACAUUUCCAAUCCCCAGCUGACUGAUGACUUUGAUUGCAGAAGAGAAGACAGCGAGGUGGUCAGCAUUGAACUUUCAGAGGACCAAAAUGCAAUUCUGAUCUGUAAAGCCCUCAGCAUCGAGCUCUUAGAUACUGGCAUGUGGAAGGUGGCUGAAAAGUUCAGAGCUAAGCACAAUGAACGCUUUAUAUCUGCUGUGCUGUCCAAAAAUGGAGACUGCAUCAUCGCGACCAUGGAAAAUACCUCAGCUGUGUUUUUCUGGAGACGGGACACAGGACAAUGUAUGGCAAGCUUACAGGAAAUCUCAGGGACCAUCGUCAAGUUGGUGAAAUCCAGUCACCACAACAUGCUGCUAUCUUUAUCCACCAGUGGUGUUCUUUCUAUCUGGGAUAUAGAUAUAAUCACAGCUAUGUCCAACAUAGAUAAGACUGGGAAACCCAUCCAGAGUCUGGUGUUACCUGCUAGAGGGGAAAUCAUUUAUUCCCUUGAUGGCUCUGAUUGUGUCCAUAAGUGGAACUUCAGCAAUGGGUUCCUUGAAGCAGUGUUUAAGCAUGAAGGAAUAGUCGAACAUUGCGUUCUGACGUCCUCUGGUGAUGUCAUGGUGACCUCAGAUGACAAAAGCAGCCAGUAUGUCUGGCACACCAGCAGUGGCGAAAAUCUCUUCCGAAUUAAUGGGCAGAGAAUCUCUCAGCUGCUGAUUACCCACAAUGACCAGUUUGUGGUCUCUCUCUGUGAGGAAAACGCCUCCAGGGUUUGGAGGCUGGCCACAGGCCACAGGGUCUGCAACAUUUUGACCACUUUGCAGAACGCCUUUAUAACUUCGGCGAAUACCUUCGUGGUGGGAAUGACCAAAAGCAAAGUGCUGGCGGUCAGUCUCUGGACGGGAAGCAUCACCAAGAAAUUCUGCUGUGAAGACGGCACGACCAUUGUAAAUUUCAAAUUGAUCCCUGACUGUCCUGACAUCAUUGUGUUUAUCACAUCGGCCGAGACUGUGAAUAUCUGGAGUCUGACCGAUGAGGUGAUCUGUCGCCGCGUGCAGCUUCCCAACAACUUCUUGAAAAAUCUGGAGGAUUUCGAAAUUUCUCCCAACGGGAAGCUAGGCAUUAUAUCCAGGGGAGAUGACAAUAUCAACGUGCUGGAUUUACACAGCGGUAAAUUACGGGUGGUUCACGCCUCUGGGGUCAUCUGGCGGCAAAGGCUGUCUCGAGAUGGUCGCUACCUGGUAUACAUUUGUUUCCGAAACGGGGAGGAAGAGGACGAAAACGGCGUGAUAUCCAGUUUGAUUGUAAUGAGACUGGCCGACGGCAAAAUUAUCGGUGCUUGUUCCCUUUACAAAACGCCAACUUUCCUUGCCCUCUCACAGAGGCACCUGAACAUCAUAGUGGGCUUCGAUGAUGGGAGUAUAGGGAUAUACACGGUGGUCGACCGUGUGGACGCGGCACUGAAAAUCAAGAUCGCCACCUCCAACAGUAGGCAGAUUUUCAACAAUGCGACCCAGGCAUCCCGGCCGAAGUGCAGCAGUUACGGUUUCAAAGUGUCCGUGGACUGCUUAUGGAGAGAGUCCACUGAGGUCUUUGCGAGAGACAGUCCCAUCACGGUGAGUGACUCCACGGAGUCCAACGAGGCGACACCCUCCAAGAAACACAAUCCCUGCUGUGACCGCGGGUGCUCUGCCCUGGAAUCCAGGGGCCACAGCUACACCCCUGACAACUGA